GAUCCUAAAAAUAAACAGUUUAUGCUAUGCGAUGAUCAGUUAAAGAAAGUGUUUGGAAGAAAACGUGUGAGAAUGUUUGGAAUGAUGAAAGAUUUAAAACCACAUAUUUUAGAUAGAGAUUUAAACAAGUUAUAUUUUAAGUAUUUGAGAGUAAUAGAUAUAUUUUUAUAUGAAGAGCUAUAUUUGAAAGUAAUAGAUAUAUUUUUAUAUGAAGAGCUAUAUUUGAAAGUAAUAGAUAUAUUUUUAUAUGAAGAGCUAUAUUUGAAAGUAAUAGAUAUAUUUUUAUAUAAAGAGCUAUAUUUGAAAGUAAUAGAUAUAUUUUUAUAUGAAGAGCUAUAUUUGAAAGUAAUAGAUAUAUUUUUAUAUGAAGAGCUAUAUUUGAAAGUAAUAGACAUAUUUUUUAUAUAA